CACUCCUCCACCACUUUUCUCUUCACAUCUUGUACUAGUUCAGCUACAACUUGAGAAGUCCCACCAUGUCGUCUGUGAUGAAGGAGCGGUUUGGCGGUAAGGCCAAGGCCUCGUCACCUCGGAACACUGACACGCGUGCGGCCGGCGAGUCGACGCUGACCUCGCUGGACUCGGUGGUUGACGCCUUUGUGGCCAAGUGGACGCCCGAGGGCUACACCCGCGAGGACAUUGUCUGGUUCAACGUCUUCUUCCUGGCGGUUGUCCACGUUGGUGCUCUCUACGGCAUCGGCCUCGCGCUUACCGUGCCGCACGGCCUCUUUCUGGCGGCGCUCGGCCUCGGCAUCCUCUGGCCCAUUUCCGGCCUUGGCAUCACCAUGGGCGUCCACCGGCUCUGGUCGCACAAGUCGUACCAGGCGCACAUUGUUGUCCGUAUUGCCCUUGCCAUGGUCAACUCGAUGGCCUACCAGGGCUCGAUCUUUGAGUGGGCGCGCGACCACCGCGUCCACCACAUGGGCUCGGAGACGCCGGCCGACCCGUACAACGCCGCCGACGGCAUGUUCCACGCCCACAUGGGCUGGGUCAUGCUCCGCAAGCGCCCCGAGGUUAUUGCCGCUGGCAAGAAGCUUGAUCUCUCGGACCUGACCUCGGACCCGGUCGUCACCCUGCAGCAGAAGUACUACCUGCCGUCGGUCCUUGUUUUCUGCUACGCGCUCCCCACCAUGCUUGGCUACUACUACACCGGCAAUGCCUGGGCCUCGUUCUGGAUCCUUGGCGUCUUCCGCCAUGUCUUUGUCCUCCACUGCACCUGGUGCGUCAACUCGCUUGCCCAUGCAAUUUCGCACGGCUACCGCCCCUACAACAACCUCAUCCACGCUGCCGAGAACCUCGUGGUCUCGCUCAUCUCGAUGGGCGAGGGCUGGCACAACUUCCACCACGCCUUCCCCACAGACUACCGCGCUGCCGAGGGCCUCUGGUGGCAGUUCAACCCCUCCACCAUGGUCAUUGACUUCCUCGCUCUCUUUGGCCUGGUCUGGGGCCGCCGCGCUACCUCGCUCUCGCUCGUCGCCAAGCACCGCCAGCGUACCGCUGACCGCAUUGCCAAGGGCAUCAACCUCCUCCAGCACGACCACACGGUCCAGGUUUCGUAAACCUCGUAUUUUCCCCC